AUGUCGAAUCCCCUGAGCAGGGCGUUCACCAAGCGCCAGCAAAAGCCACUUGUGGUGUCAUCCCCCAUGCCUUACCGCGAAAACCAACAGAAAUUCGCUGCCGGAACGAUCAAACGGAAAGAUAUCUCUUUACCGGUGCAGUUGUUGUCGACCACAAACCUCCUCGCAUACAAUGCUCCUGACCUUCCCAGAGCUAAACUCAAUAACGCAAAGGUCCCCCAAGCCCAGCAGCCAUCGCCAGAACUCAAGAAAACUUUGACAUCCCCCUCCAAUUCAUCAUCUUCCUCUGUCCGUUCCGGUUCAGACUCAGAUAUUACAAACCCUUCUUCCGCCUCAUCCUCGUCCUCUAUUCCUUCUCCUUCACACGUCUCCGGCACCCCGAUGACCUCCCCGGAUCUCUCGCCCGAAGAGAACUCGCCCACCACUCCAGAGCCAAACCAUCUCUCUGGCUACUUCAACUCUCCCAAGCGCUCCAACACUACACACCACGACACCCGCGCUUCAAUCUCUUCUGUCUCUCAAACCCCAACGCUGCCCCGUCGAUCAUUGUCGCAUACAAAAAGAUCGCAUCAGGAAUUAGCCCGCCAGCGAUCACUAUCUAAGGGCUCAUCGCAUUCACAUACAUCAUCAACUACCUCCCUCUCCCGCUCUCAAUCCCACUCCCACUCUCGCUCCCAAUCGAUCAACCGGUCCCACAGCACCCAAAGCAGCGCGCGAUCCGCUCGACUAAGCCAAGAACACCUCUGCCAAGUCCCCGAGUCUUCUACCUCUAUCUCCACACAGCUACACCCUUUUGGCAAGGAGCUAGAGCAGGUCAACGAGGUCGCUGAGGAAUUCGCUACGGUACUCAACGCUGUGAUUGUAGAGGAGGAGCAGAUGCUGGUGGAGAAGGGACUGUAUAAGUUUGCGGUGGACGAGUACAUUGCUGAGAUCGAAGAGUUGUAUCGGUCUACGUUUGGUACUGUGGAGUAUAGCGGCGGUAAGGGGUAUGGUGGCGGUGGUGCUGCGGAGAGGCUGGUUGGCGUGAAUGAGUGGAUAUAG